AUGAAAGACCGCAAAGCCUUCCAGCCCAGUACCCACCGGGGAGCCCCCAAGGGGGCCCCCCAGGGGGCCCCCUUGGGGGCCUCCCAGGGGGGCCCCCCUGGGGGCCCCCAGGGGGCCCCCAAGAAGCCCUCUGCAGCAAAAGGCGAAUUGAGGAAGAAGCGGCGAGUGUGGGUACAGCCGAAAGAUAAGAGUCUGGGGCGGAAGCAUUUUUUGCAAGUGCGGGACAGCAGAGCUCGGAGUGUUUUUGAAAAGUUGCAAAAGAAAGAAAAAGAAAAAGAAUUAGCGGAAAAAGAAUUGAAAGAAGAAUUAAAAGAAAAAGAAUUAAAUCCAAAAGAAUUAAAUGCGAAGGAAAAGGGAAGGGCAGCUCUAAUGGCCCCCGUGGCCUCCGCAAGCGACAAUGACGCCUUUCUGGAACAACUCAUGAAUCCCUUCGCUAAGCCCAAGCAGCAGCAGCAGCGGCAGCAGCAGCAGCAGGAAGCAGCAGCAGCGAGUGCAGCGGGGAAUAAAUUCACAGACAAAGGCAAAAGGGGAGGAAAAAACGAGCAAAACAGGGACGCAGCAGCAGCAGCAGCAGCGGCAGCGGAUCAGGCUGCUGCAGCACCGACUGCUGCUGCUGCUGCUGCUGAUGCUGGAAAGUCUUCGCUGAAAGACAAAAAGGGAUAUAUGCCGUUUUUGAAAGCUCAGAGAGAAUUUGAAAUGAAGCAAAAGGCAAAAGAAGAAGAAAGACUGGCAAGGCUGGCAGAAGCUGAGAAGGAAAGAAAAAGAAAAAACGAAAAACGAAAACUAAACAAAAUUACUCACCGGAAGCUGCAGGCGAGGACUAAGAAGGGCCAAAUUGUCAUGGGGAAUGUAGUUGAAGUUCUGCUGCAGAAAAUGCACAGAAAUGCGCAGAAAAAAUAA